AUGGCGUCCGCACUCCUUCAGCGGCCCAUUUCCCUCGCACAAUCGCUUCAUGAGGACACACUCGACGGAGCGAUCACAUUCGAAGAAGCCAUCUCGAAUACCGAAGGCUUGAAAGUGAUUUUCCUUGAAAAGCCAAUGAUAGUACACAAGCCCGUGGGUUCAGUCAAAAUAGGAGACUCGCCAGCCAGAGAUGAAAUCGUCGACUCCUUGAAAAAGAAGAUUCAGUUUGUAGAUGUCAUCCUGAACCACAAAGGCGACUUUGACUUGAAACACAUCGAGACGUUGUUUUUGCAGCAGAGAUAUCAAGAUCUACCAGAGCCUCUCAAGAUGCAGGGCAACAACCUCACCCCGCACACUAUGCAGGUUUUCAUGUUACAGUCCGAGGACAAGACGUGGAACAUUGUGAAGCACGUUCGUUUCGCGGAGGGCACCAAAAUCCUUGCGAGCACCAUCAUAAGCAUGUGCACUGGCAGGCUUGUGGAAAUCGACUACCGGAAAAACUUCCGAGACGGCACCAGAGCUUUGCAGUAUAUGCUGGAAGGCUUAGGCGGUUUCCAAGUUCGUUAUCAAAAGCUCGGCCCCCUCAAUGCAAGCAACAAGGUACCCAAGGAGACCGAGGACAUUCGCAAGGGUUUCCAGUUCCUGAAAGAGCAUGGCCCCCAAGAAAAUUCGGACGGUCAGUUCACUUCUUGGACGGAGGAGCAGGUCAAUAAUCCGGAUAGCAUUCUUUACAAAUGGGAUCGCGGCACCAUCAAAGAAUUCCUUCGCUGCCAGGCAGACAAGGGCUCGCAGGCCGACACAAUAUCGGACUGGCCCUUAACCCUGGCAGACUUCACUCCGUGGGCUCUCAACACCGUGAUUGCCCCACUUCUGCCGUACUUGAUUGAGCAUGCGGUCAUUUGGAUUGGCAAAUCGGAAGUAGGGAAGAGUCCAGCCUCAUACACGCUUUCUCACUUGAUGUCUGCAUUCUGGCUCCAGCAGGAAGGUCGUACUGACGAGCUCCCUUGCUUUCAGACAGCCAGCUCCUUGGACUAUUUCCGUAAGGAGCGUGGUCGUCGCAGCAAGCCUCGUGUCUUUGAUGAUGGCAACUUCUACCUGGGAACACCAGCGGCUGUCAAGGCUAUCACAGAGGUUUCGGGUAUUGAUCGCAAGACUAUGGCGCGCUACAAUAAUGCGUCCUCCUACGCCAAAAAUCAGCUUUGCCAAGCUUGCUCCAAUCCCUACGAUCGGACAGGAGAGUCAAAAAUGCGACCUGGAAUUGCCUCAGACACAGUUUGCUUCGAUGAUUUCUACAAGCUCAUGCGUCCCUCGUUUCAUCGUGAUUUUGAUGAGGAGGAUUUGCUUGCCGUCUUCAAGCGUUCCUGUAUCGUUGUGUUUACCGAGAUCGGCAUCUACAUCCGCACCCCCGGGACAUCACGCGAUCCAGUUCCACGACACGCUUGGCCAGAGCGAGACUGCGGUAUGGUAUCACCUUGUGCCAGACCCCUUUUUCAGACCUACAAGCACGGAGGCUCCGCAGGCAAUGUUCCUGAACAUGCUCAGAAGGUACAAUGGUCACUCAACUUCUUGCAAGCCGCACUUGACGGAGAAGCUCUGCCACGGUGUUCUACUAUCUUUGGCAAAAAUUUCGAUGGCGAAAAGUAUGUCAUUGAAAAGCGACCCACGCUUGCAGGAAUCUUUGUGGACUCAACCUUCUAUCGGGACAAGCUCGCGCAACCAAAUGAGCCAGCCAAGAAGCGGUUCCGCUCCGUGAAAUCAUCGAGUGCACUCAUCAGCAAUUUUGUCCCUAAGCCCGAAGACAAAGGAGAGAACAUCAAAGAGGAUGACGGAAACCAGGAGAAAAAAGAGGAUACUGAGGAGGCUACAUCUUCUGCACGUGCCCAUGCCCCGGUUACGAUCAAGCAAGAGCCGCUGGAGGUCAAAGCGAAGUUUACGGCUUUCAAGACAUCUUUGAAGGGUCGCACUAUGCACAUGUCGCUUUCGGAUCCCACCCCGCCAUCUUCGCCCAAGUCACCGCCAAAGGCAGCCACAGCAUCUACGAGCCUGCCUCCGAGCCCAAGGCCGCCAUUUCCAAAAUCUUCGCCUGUGCACAGCAGCCCCGGUGAAGCAAUGGACGUCGUCGAUCCCAUGGAAAAUCGCUCACAGAACUUGGAGGCAUUCAUGGACGAUGCCUGA